UAUUAUUUUAGCAAUUACCAUCAUAAUUAUAUGGGAGCCGCUUAAUGUUGCACCAAAUAGUAAUUAGAAGAAAAAGACUCUGAAUUACUAAUUAAAUAGGAUAAUACUAUCAAAUAGUCUGGAACAUAAUAAGAGUAUUUAGUAUUUGUUAAUCAUAUUAAUUAUAGCAAUCCUUAACCCAAACUUAAAUUAUCCUCUCGAAAAAGCAGCCCAGAUGAACCAGGAACACCAGGAUUUGCUGAACUUAGAUCUUAGUAGAGUAGAAAGUCUGAGUAACAUCAGUCUCAUUCACAAAAAGAAAUAUAGUUAAUUGGGUAAUUAGAUAAACAGGAUACUCCUUUUAAAUCAUAAUGUUCAAUUGGAAAAAAAAAGAAUGAUUCUCCUGUUUGCAAUUUUGAAGCUACCAAUAAAUUAAAAUCCAUAGAUAGUAAUCGCCUCAAAAAAUUACAAACUUUUGAACAAAAAGCUAGCAGCAGAGAACAUUCUCCAAUUGAAGAUGAUGGAAUGUUGGAUAGUCAGAGGAGUAACUAGGCAGAUGAAAAAUCUGUUAAGAGUAUAUUGAAAUAAGAAUUAAAAUACAGCAAAUUUAGAAAACAAGACACAACCUUUGAUGCAGGGCAAAGAAGAGUUUAAUUUCAGAUUGAAUGAAUUCAAACUGCUGAUAACAUUCAAUAUCCUAUAAUAUAUUCUCUAC